AGAAAUCUCUCCGAAAUGGUCAAAAAGGAAUUCCAGCUCACCCACAUUUUCAAAAAUGUAUCGAAAUUGAAAGUGGGCAAAUUUGCAUGGACUCCGAUGAAAGAGCAUUUCAAUGUAUCAUGGCAAAUCGCCAUUACCCGCACUCAUUUCCGCAAUGAGGAGAAAAUGGAAAUUCAAGUCGGUUGUCAAAAAUUGACGAAAGACGAUGUUCCCGCGGGAGUUGAAGGAGAAUUCACCAUAAAACUCACUAAUUCAUCUGGAAUAAGUACAUCGAAAUCUAGUAGAUUGAAACUAGUAAAAAAUGGUGGACUUGGAUUCCUUAAAAUUGUGUGGAAAGUAAUGCAAGAUGAAUACCUUAUCGAUGACAGUAUUAUCAUUGAGGCAACUGUCAAGAUCACCAAGAUGACAGGGAUCUCUAAGAAACCGCUCAAAUGCUUUGAUCAGUCAAAGGAAAAAUUUUCUGAUGUGAUUUUGGCAGUUGGAGACCAAAAGUUCUUUGUUCUCAGAAAGUUCCUUGCCUCCCACUCCACCUUCUUCGAGUCCCGGUUUCUUGGAAAUUUCGAUGAAGCUGAUAAAUCCGAGGUUACACUCCGAGACAUCGAUUCCGCCGACUUUCAGAAUCUUCUAGAGGUUCUGUACGGAGAGCCUGCUAUAGAUGAUGACACGGUUGACGGGAUUCUCCACUUGGCCCACAUGUACGAUAUUCCGCUUCCGAUUCGGAAAUGCGAAGAGUUUCUGAUCGAAGUAUCUGAAAAAUCGAUGAAAGAUCAGCUUGUGCUUGCCAAGCAAUACCAACUGGAGAAGUUGAAAGUAAAGAAGAAAACGUGAUGACUUAUUAUACUCGACAUCGUGCCUCUCGAAGAUCAAUACAGCCGAUGAGAUCAAAGCAGCGAUGGCGUGUGAUCUUGCAGACAUGGAUCAGACGGUGGUGCAAGCUCUUCUCCGUAAAUCCGUGGCUCUUCAUUGAUUUUCUGUUUUUCUUCUUUUUAAGUUUUUUGUUGAAUAAAUCUUCGUUUUUA